GAUAAAACCUGUCAAAGUGACAUGUUGAAUAUUUUCGACAUGCGUUUUGUAUACCCACUAAAAAUUAACUGAAAUAAAUGUUUUUAUAAAAAGAAUUUUUGCCGAAUACAAUGCUACGAGGUGUUAUCACCUUGCUACAAAAUUUCCUGGCAAUCUCAAGCUUAGAAUCCCAAUUUUCUAGGGACACUAAGAAACGGUCCAACAACACAGUGGUGAGAUACAUGAAAAACAGUCCUGAGCAUACUUUGAACAUGGAUUUGGAGUUAAAAGGAAAAAAUGACGACUUUAUUAGGAAAAGUUCCAUGGAAAUGUUGCAGUUGAACGAAAAAGGUGAUUUAAUCGACGAAAAAGCGAAAACAUCCUUUGUGAACGAAAAUCAAUCCACCGUAGGCGAUUCCAAAACAAAUGAAACCCUAAAAAAACUAUCAAAGACAAACCUCAACGAGUUAAUAGAGAAAAGCCCAAAACUACACCAAAAAAUAGCGAAGAAAAAUCGGGAAAUCAUCGACAAAGGCAAAGAUCAGCUGCAGAUAUUACUAGAACAAGUGAAUAAAAUGAAAACGGGCAUACACCGUCUACAGGAAAUAGCGCAGAAAUUCAACAGCACCGAUUCCUUUAAAGAAAACGUUCAAUUUUUAGUGAACAACGUCAAACCGGCCCUGGAAAAAUCAGAAGUCAACAAAAAUAUCGAAGCAAGCAAAGAAGCAUAACACUGUGUCUUAGUUGAAAGGUUUUAUUUAAAUUUAAAGUGCCCUGUAAUGUAUUUUGUUUAACUGUCAUUAAAAUUCC